UCAAAAUUCUGCCCCUGCUACUAAAGUCUAACGCUGCAAUUGGAUAAAAUCAUUGCUCCACUUUUAGAAUGACCACUGCUGCGGUGUGAUACCGACGUUUGUAAAACGUGUGCACGUACGUAAAGGACAAAAUUAAAUAUGUCCGACUUACUGCCGGAAAGUAAUAGCGGGAAAUUUUGCGGGAAAAAAACGAGAAUCGGUGAAAAUCGAUACCGAAAAUCGCGAUAAAGAAAAGGAGAAAAUUUGAAGUUUAGAAAUUAUUCGAGUGUGCGAGGCGCGCGUAUGCGAUAUAAUUGGUUCGGUAGUGAUCAUAGGUAAUUUUAUAAGUUGUGACAAAAAAUUCAUUUGCAUAUUUAUACAUAGACGUGUACGGACAUAGAUGAUAAGAUUGCACGGUGGACAAUUGGAUGAUCUUGUUGUAAUAGAUCUAAACUCGUACCUACUAUCGCGAUUAUAAAUCAGCUGUCUGCUGAGAAAAUAAAAAUGAACAAAAAGAAAAAGGGGAGCCGUGACCUCAAAAUUGAUAAGACUUGAUAAGAAGUCACCCUGUAUAUAAGACUGUAUCAAAUAUGAGCGGAUCUCUUAGCCGGAGUGAGCCCUUCGCGAGCGUUUGAUUACACGACCUGAGCAGGAAGUUUAUCGCUUCUCAGAUUUUUAAAAAUAUAAAUUAUUUCAGAGAACGAGAAAAAAAAUAUACCUCCAACAGAGUGCCCUUUUUUUGCACCUGAUCAAUUUUCACAUCCUUUCUUCCUUUCGUUAUAACGAUAAAAAAAAUUCGGACCCUUUCAUAUUCGAUAUAAUUUGUGAGUGAAAAAUGUCUGCACCGGACCGGGAGGCGAAUUCGACGAAAACUGAGGAAUUUAAAAAAUCUUCGCAAUACCUGGCAGCCAUUUUGGCUACCGUUGGCUCGAUAUCAGCUGGCACCUAUCUAAGCUGGACUUCGCCAGCUCUACCACUUUACGGUAAAAAUGGAGCACUGGAGUUAACCGAUAAAGACAAAUCUUGGGUGGCAUCUUUGCUUCCAUUCGGAGCUCUCAUAGGUGCGCUUCCAGCUGGUACGAUAGCCGAUAAAUUGGGGCGAAAGAUCGGAGUCUUAUUAAUAGCGGUACCUCUCCUCCUCUGUUGGUUUUCCAUUGGAUUCGCACCCAACACCUUUUGCCUGUUUGGGAGUAGAUUUUUGGCCGGAGCCGCUAUCGGAGCAACUUCUGUUAUUGUGCCACUUUACGUGUCGGAAAUAUCCCAUCCAGCUAUUCGAGGAUCUCUUGGGUCGCUCUUCCAGCUUCAGAUAACCAUUGGAGUUUGCUUGGGAUACUUGACAGGAAUAAUCGAGGAUCUACGAUACAUAGCGUUGGCUUCCGCUGUGGUUCCCGCCAUAGUUUUAGCCAGUUUUCCGUUCAUGCCGGAAACUCCCGUUUGGUUGAUGCGUCAAAAUCGUCGCGACGAUGCUACAAAAGUAAUGCAAUGGCUCAGGGGUGAACAUUACGCGGUUAGAGAGGAACUCGAGGCCCUCGACAGAGCCCAGACAUCCCAAGGACUCGAAAAGGCCAAGAUCAGCGAGCUGAAAAACCACAAAAAGGCAGUCUUAAUAUCCCUGGGGCUUAUGGUGUUCCAACAAAUGUCUGGAAUAAAUGCCAUAGUAUUUUUCGCCAGUCAAAUCGUAGAGCAGGAAGGAUCAGCCAUAAGCUCCAAUGUCUGUUCAGUUAUUCUGGGCGUAGCGCAAGUAAUCGCAACUUACUUUUCCGGAUUAUUGGUCGACAGAGCGGGACGAAAAAUCCUCCUGAUAACGAGUUCGAGUGUGAUGGCGUUAUGUCUGUUCGUGGUUGCCGGGUACAUAAAGUUCAAGGAUCCGUCGGCAACCGGUACCCCUUGGAUCCCUCUGAUUUCGCUGACUAUUUACAUGACCAUGUUCGCCACGGGCUUCGGUCCGAUACCUUGGAUAAUGGUCAGCGAAUUGUGUCCAACUAACGUAGUCGGUAUUAUAAGUUCUGUUGCAGCUGCGUUAAAUUGGUUGUUAGCGUUCACUGUAACGAAUAUAUUCACCGAUAUGACUCAGACCUUAGGAGUGCCGUUGUCGUUCUGUCUUUUCGCGGUGAUCGGGGCGACUGGUUCGAUUUUCGUUGCCACCGUGAUACCGGAGACCAAGGGAAAAACGAAGGAAGAAAUUCAGAUCGCGCUUCACGGAUUACCGAGUGCGCCUCCGGUCAAACUUGAAAAAGAAUACGUAGUUCGGCAUACGAAUGACGGUGUCGUAAUCGAAACCGCUACGUGAUUUCCAUUAUUUUUUUCCUUUUCCUCGCUUAUAACUGUGAGAAAAAAUUACAAUAAAAUAUAAUAACGACAAUAACCGUGAGGGAUGAAAGCGAAAAAAGGGGAGGAAAAUGAUCUCGAAAAGUGCAAAGCAAUUAUGUUAUCAUGAUAUAAUAUGUCAUGUACACUUGGCGAGCGGCUCUUUUUCUGUAUUUCUGUUUUUUUUUUUUUUUUUUUUUCUUUUGUGGAUUAGUUAAAUCCGAGUGAACGACGAAUGGACGUGGGACGUAUGAAAUGCGGGAAAGGGUCGAAAAGUCUUUUAUAUAAAUAUAAAAAAACAUCGCAUCGAAAUUGUGGGGAAGUUCUUUUUUACUUUACUGUGUAUUACACCGGAGCGAACAAAGUUACACUUGUAUCCGAUAUUCUCCCUUAUUUUUCACGUCUUUUUUCCUCUCACUCACGUACGCAGAGCACCCAAGCUACUGUAAAAGACUGUACAACUUCGUGCCUGCGGACGAGUGACAGUAGGGGUGGUUGGACCACCGGGUAAAUUGUACCAUUCUACAGAAAGUAUAUAGCGCUUGCCUCAGACGCACUUUUCCUAUAGAACGGUUUGAUUUACCUGCGAUCUUCCAAACAUCCCUAAACUUUCCAAUGCGUCAUUUUGUGGAAUUUUCUUCGCUGUGUCAUUUUACGAUAUCUUCUGUUUUUCUUUUUUUUACAUCCAAAUUUUAACAUUAAUCAAAAAACUUUUCACCCGCGUGAUACAGUUUCUGCAUCAGAAUACCGUGUACAACUACCAUACGAGACUCUGUGCGUUUCCGAAGUACUAAGAGUUUUAAUUACCCGUUAAAUGGGUACCAUUUGCUAAGCGUUCGUACUGGGAACGUUAAAGGGGGGUAUCCAUAGUAACGGGUUGUACAUUUCUAGGGAGAAUUAAUCAAAUGAAAUAUGGAUCCGGUUGCAAAACUACCGAGUAACAAAAAACAAAAUAAAAAUAAAAUAACUUCUUUCACUUCGCGACGUCGACGCCGACGCCAUAAAAUUAUUCCAUAUCGUACGACAAUCGAAUGCGUUUCAAUUAAUUUGAUAAUAUAGUCACGUCUGCACUUACCUCUGAUUACAACCAUAUAUUAUGUAAGAUUUUUAUCGAUCUCCGCAGGAGUUCUCGGUACAAAAUUUACAAACCAAACAAAUACAACUUGAUGAGUACGAUGAAACGACGAUACGUUUUCAAAUUGAUAACAUUAAAUAAAAAAAAUUACAAUUAAAUGAUAAUUAUAAAUCUUUCGAUAGAAGUUAUCCCGUUGAUAUUUUCAUUGAGAAUUAGGUAUAACACACAACAAUGAUGCUCUCGUUUAUUGUAAUUGUUCUUGUUUUUUUUUUGUUGUUAUUUUUUUUUUUUUUUCUUUUUUGUUAACAAUAUUCGCCUCAGUUCUGCAGCUGAUUAAUGAUGUUGGUUUAUUCAUUCAACAGCAGCUGCAUAUUAUAAUUAAUCAUACAACCAGCUUCACAUUUCUUACAUUACAUUUACACGGUAUAUAUAGUAUAUAUGUAUAUAUAAUAAUUAAAGAAACAUUUCUUUUUUUUUUUUUAAUAUCAAUAUUAUCAUUAUUAUCCCUAUAAUUUGAUGCACCAAUCAGGAUAUCCAUCCCGGUUUCGCGGACGCAACAUUUUUAUGUUAAAGAAGCGUUCAAUUUUCAUAUUAUUAUAUACAUCCAUUAUUCGUUAACGAUAUAGUUCAUUUUUUGUCCCUUUUUUUCUCUAUAGUUAUCAUUCUUUCGUUCGGAAUUUGACUUUAAGCGCUCAGCCCCUUGAUGAUAUCCGGCAAAUCGUGUGUAUAUAUGUAUGUACAUAUAUUAUUUUUUAUUUAAACUCUGUUUGGUUUCAAUACGAUUUGACGAAUAUUAAUAAACACGUAAUUAGUAAUAGUUUUAUAUAUAUAUAUAAAUGUAUAUACUUUAAGAACGAUUAUAUAAAUAAACGCGAAAAUGUACAAUUCCUUAAACGAUA